AUACCUCCAACUGUUUCUUCCUCAGGAGAAUAAAGAGUAGGUCUCAUACUUUUAUACUUUUGUUGUAUAACUGAGAAAAUAGUGCAAAAUGAGGUAACGGUCUCGAUCCCAAUAACGGUCACAUUGAUGAGGUAACAGGAGUGAUGUUAUCGUAACGUCAAAUAUUAGCCGAAACUAUGAGAUAUCCUAGGAAACUGCCUAAAACGAGGUUGUUUACUCCUUUAUAAUGUCAGACAUAGAUGGGUUUAAAACAGAUCCAAUGAUCCGAUAUACACCCGACCUUAUAACCGAACCCGAUUUGACUAGACAAAAAAAUGGAUUUACAAUUAUAUAUAAACCAAUGUGGACACAAACCCGAUACAUCUAACUCGAAAUGAACCUAAUAAUUUGAAUGAACACCUUAGUCGACAUAUUAGUUCGUUUUUUUAGAACCUUUACAAUGUGGUUGAUGCGUCUUUUUUGCAGUAUGACCGAGAAUGUUGUAUGUAUUUUCACUUGGAUAGGUGAUAAUAAGCUUUGCAGUUGAUUUUCCAGGUAGAUGGCUAAUUAUUAACCCUAAUCCCUUUCUUUGUUUUAAAUUUCAUAUAUUGAGUUAUUAAUCAUGUGUAGAAAAAAAGUAGUAUUUUUGUUAUCUGUUUCUUUCUAAUUAUUAGUCCCUGGACAUAAUUCUCCUAGUCAACAAUUAUUCUGUUCUUUAUGGGAAUCCAAUUCUGUUGCCUUUUUCAUUAUUUAUAACUUGCUGAUGUUGAAGAUGUGAUCAUUGUACUUCUGAUUUCCCUUUGUUUUGGAUCUUUUAUUCUCCAAACUGUUGAGUACCUUAAAAAACUCCAUGGGCAUAGGAUCGUCUCGUCUUGUUAGAAGGCUUCUCUCGAAACGCCAUGUAAAGUUACUUAUGGUUGGCCUUGAUUCUUCGGGAAAAACGACAAUCCUUUACAAGCUCAAGCUCGGACAAGUUGUGCGCACAAUGCCUACGAUAGGUUUUAAUGUGGAGACAGUGGAAUACAAUAAUCUGAGUUUUGCUGUGUGGGAUCUUGGUGGACAAGAGAAGAUUCGGUCCUUAUGGAAGCAUUACUUUCAGAACACCCAAGGACUCAUCUUCGUAGUAGACAGCAGCGACAGGGAACGUAUAGUCGAAGCUCGUAAUCAACUUCACCGGAUUCUUACUGAGAAUGAACUGGUUAAUACGGCAGUAUUAGUUUUUGCCAAUAAACAAGACCUUCCUAAUGCUAUGUGCGUCUCAGAAGUAGCAAACAAGCUCGGGUUGCAUUUGCUUCGUAACCAUAGAUGGUACAUACAGGAUGCUUCUGCCAUAUCAGGGCGCGGACUUUAUCAAGGUCUGAAUUGGUUAUAUCAGUCUCUCUGUGACAGGCCUACAUAAAUAAAAUUUGCUGUUGUAAAAUUACAAUGGUAUCUACUACGUAUUAAGUGUCAAGGGUGAUUAUAUUUUUAUAUUUUUGUUAAUUAUUGGCUACAAAAAUAUUAUUUUUAUCAUGCAUAUUUUUGCUUUUUU